CUCCCCCAGAACCAGGAAACAAUGGGAAGAUCCCCCUGUUGUGAUGAGAUCGGCCUCAAGAAGGGCCCCUGGACUCCUGAAGAAGACCAGAAGCUCAUCCAAUACAUCCAAAAGCAUGGCCACGGCAGCUGGAGGGCCCUGCCGAAACUUGCUGGACUCCAGAGAUGUGGCAAGAGCUGCAGACUUCGAUGGACAAACUACUUGAGGCCAGACAUCAAGAGAGGGAAGUUCUCCUCUGAGGAAGAGCAGACCAUUCUCCAUCUCCACUCCAUCCUUGGCAACAAGUGGUCAGCAAUCGCAACGCACCUCCCAGGCCGAACGGACAACGAGAUUAAGAACUUCUGGAACACCCAUCUAAAGAAGAAGUUGAUCCGUGUGGGCAUCGACCCAAUGACACACCGGCCAAGGACCGACCUUUUCGCCACCCUGCCCCAACUCAUGGCCCUUGCAAGCCUUGGAGGUCUCAUGGACUGCCGCUCGUUGGAUGACCAGUUACGUGCGGAAGCUGCUAGGUUGGCCAACCUCCAGUGCCUUCAGUACUUUCUCCAGUCUUCAGCUGCGAUCAGUAAUAGUUCCAAUGGCAACACUCUUACUGGGGAAAUGGAUGCUAUGAACUUAUCGAACCAGCUGCCUCUUAAUGCCGUCGUUUCAAAUCCUUCCCAUAACCCCUUCACAGUAGUUAAUGCUCAAACUCGACUUCACCACUUGUCAGAGUUUUCAUGCAGUUUGGAGCAGCCUUUGGGCAGUGAUGCCAGAGAGGGUUCCACAUUUAUGGACUUUAGCCAGGGAGAGAGCAAAGGCCUUGCAACCCCAGUGGUAUCUCCUCCUCCUCCUCCUCCUCCUUCGACUCUUCCUCCUCUAGCUGUUGCCUCGAUGGGCAGCGGAGAUGCCUGUAGCUCUUCUAGCCAUGGCGGGAGCGUCACUACUACAUUCUGGCCCGAUCUCUUAUUUGAUGAGCCCCUGAUGUCCGAGUUUGCUUGAAACUUAAUUUCUCUGUUAUUUUGGGCAGUUUAAGAGGAGGUGCACCACCCCGUCUCUUGUACAGUGUUAUUGGCUCUCACCAUGCAUUGGUGGCUAGCAGUAACUCGAUGCAUCUCCCAGUCAAUUACUUGUACACAUCUAUGUACACACAGAUGCCACUUUAUUUUUUUUUUGAUGUACACACAGAAGCCACUUUAUGAACACUUGUUUGGUAAUCUUAUGGCUCACUAGUUAUUGGUUGGUA